AUGUGGGAGCACAUGUACCCACAAACAAUAAAUUACUGCGUUCUGAAGGAAGCUCAUCAAUGCCCAAACGAACACCGAUUUUGCUACGGGUGCAUUUACACAUGGUCCACAGGCACAGGGGCUGGUCACGAUUGCUGUCCCGUGUGCCGUUGUGAUGGUCUAUAUGCGAAGAACUUCACCUUGCAAGAUAAAAUCAAUCUCAAGCGAGUGCGUUGCACAGAACACGGCUGCAACUGGACUGGAAAGCUGGCUGAGCACACCUCGCAUGAGCACCGGUAUUAUACGGCAAGUGAGCUGAAUCUAUUGGUGUCAAGUAACCGGAAAAAAGUUAGCAGCAAACGGAUCCAAACAGGCACAUUGCCAGAGGUGUUGGCAGGGAACUCAAAUACAGAGACCUCAUCAGAUACAGAACAACAUAACGAAGCGCGAGAUUCCACUGUUACCUCAUUCCCAUCAGCAGAUACUGGUGCAAUCCCGUCUGCAUGCCGACCUUUGGUAUCAUCAUUAGAGUGCUUGGACGGCAGUGAAGUGGAUGCUGUGGACCAUCGCCCUGGACUGGCCCAUCUCCAAAUGUAUUACGAUGCAGCAAGAGAAUUGUCUUCCCCAAGCCAAAUUGAAAGGGGUGAAUAUGCCUACUCAUCUAAUUCAUCCAGAUACGGAGAAACAGCAUCCAACAGAACUUGUAGCAACAUUUUAAGCAGAUGUUCCGCUCGCCCAAUUGCAACCAACCGAAAUAGACCGCCGUCCACAAACAGAGCAAGGUACGCCGAAACAUCGGACAGCAUAGGGCGUCGACUCCUGCCACAGCACGAACGCUUCUUGACACUUAAUUCACUUCGAGUCCCAGAUGAUACUAACAACCAAGGUGUGGCAGAAACAGCUUAUGAGUCAGAUCUUUCAGGACUAAUCGCAGCUAGGAUUCCAAGGCUCUUACCAUUACGAACGACACCCAGGUUUUGCUCAGAAUCAGAGGCAGAGUUCCACUAUCCAGCGAACGUGCUGUUCCCUGCAACGACUUCAGCCUCUAGUAGGGGUCGCAUGUGUGAGGAUGCCACUCUGCUGCCAAAUCUCCGUGAAGAAGAUGAAGUAAAUCAUGCAUCAUCCGGACUACGGAGGGAACGUGUGAUACUUCCGGAAAUAAAUUCCGGAUCUUUAACUCACCUAAGAGCGCCUGCACGGAGUUGCAACAGAAGAAACAGUAAUGAGCAUAGCGGUGCGCAAGAAGAACAAACGGAUAUGAUGCAAGCGCCAGAGGGGAUGCAAUCUCGACCACUGGAGUUCCGUCGCUUAGCUCCAAGGCGACACAACCGUGUGCUUGAACAGCUGCAUGAAACGAGGGAGCAGCUGGCUGCGAUGCUCCGCCUUAUGACACUGGAGUUAGAAGAAAGACGGCAGCAGAUAUUAACCACGGCAUUAGAAACUGCAUCCCAAACGCGAGCUCUGCGAAGCUUAAACACUCAGCUAGCAACUCACUUGGAAGAAACUAGGGGAGAAGGUGCCAAUUUGUUUGAGGAAACGGCAAUUCAUGAACAAAACAGAUGUGUGCAGGCAGUUGGAGAACAGCAAAGCAACGGGCUGGCUGAUUGCUCGAACGUCUCCAGAAACAUGCCCACCCAUAACGAAUUCAACCAAACGACACGCAACGGACAAGCUUUGCAGGAUCUGGUAGAUAGAAUACUAGGCAAUCAGGCGGAACUGGUCUCAAGACUCGAGGAAAUACGAUCUUCAUCAACGGACGAAGGCCAGCAACCGGAAACAACUCCAACGGAACUGAAUGAGCGGGGAUUUAUCGCACCCUACAAUCCAAGGUUACUGACAAGACUGCGGAUAGGCACGAUGAGACGAGCCCCACUUCAUUCAGUGCUUUUAGUUUCAAGUAGACAUGACUUAGAUCAUUUGUUGUUUGAACGAAGUGAGUCGCAACCAAUGGUUAACGAGUGGUCUGUCGGCGGAAGGAGAGUCGGCGACUUUCAUGACGAUGACGAACGUCGCGCAUUUUGACCUGAACUUCUCUACCAACUACAUCCCAUGGCGGCUUCCGACCGUUACGAAACGCUGUGAAAUUACCAAGCAACUGUCGCUUCUUGCAAGAGUCAGAUAUAUGAACGUUUCUAUCCAUGUUUUGCCAUAUUAUCCGCUGUAAACCUGAGUACUGUGAAGAAUUGACUUCUCCACACU